UUAGAACUUGCUAAAAGUAAUAAUUUUUUUGUUUUGUUUAAGUUGGAGUUAAUCUGAAACCAUGGUUGUGGAUUUUGAUUUGUGACUAACUAGAAGUAAGAAAAAAUGAGUUCAUUGGUUAUGAUUUUGGCUCGAUUAUUGCGGAAUGUAAAGAGAGAAGAAGCUCAGAUGUUGUGAAAUGAUUUGAGGUUUCGGGGUAUGUGGAAACUUGAUGCAACAGUUACCCUUAACAGAAAUUCCCCUUGGAUUUUACUUCAGAGCGAUUACAGUCCAGGACGUUCUUAUGUUUGAGGUGGGGGCACAUCUAUUGCAUAAGUGUUUUUAGUGCGAGUCUGAUGAAAUCGUGUUUGUUGCAUGGAAAGAUUUAAAGUAACACCUUGGUUUGUACCUAAGGGCGAUUAUAGUGGAGGAAAAUGUUACGCGUGAGGUGGAAGCACAUCUAUUGCAUAAGUGUUUUUAGUGCAAGCCUGCUGAGAACAUAUUUGUUGCAUUGAGAGAUCGGAAGUUUCUUAUGGAAUACUGGCUUUUGUCAUUUAAUGAAAAGUAGUUAGAUUGUUCACCCACCGAUAGAUGUCAUGAGAUUUUUCCCAUACUUGUGGUGAGAAUUUUGAGGGUAAUUACACCUAGCAGUACAGAUAAUUUUCUCAAUCAGUUGUCUUGUAUUGGAAUGCAAGUGAAGUUCUAUAAGUGAGGAUCCUGGUUGGAAGUGACACAUGUUCCUGUAGGCAGUUUUCCUGUAGAAAAUGAUGGUUUUGGCUCCUGAAUACAAAGAUACAAAGAUGUAGUAAGCUGAGACAACAUACAAAGAUGCACGAGCGUGCCUUGAAGUACAUUUCUUUUUGAAUAAUGGGUGUACUCCUUUUCAAGUGUUUUCAGCACGCAACGGUCCAGUGCAGUGAUAAAGUGCCCUUGAGAGGAAAGGAUGAUGACUCCACUAAAUCAAAGAAAGGAAGGAAAGUGCAAUUCAAUGAUGAAGAGUCCCCUGCAAACUUUUCAUCAAAAUCUGGAGAAAAAGGUGCACCUUUGAAAGGAGGAAAGGGCUCUGCUCGAAAAGAGCCGGCAAAGUAUGAACUCAAUGUUCAGUCAGAGCUUCCACAGAACUCCCAAUGUGUGAUGGAUUGUGAGGCAGCUGAUAUCUUACAAGGAAUCCAGGAGCAGAUGGUUUUUCUCUCUCGUGAUCCAACUAUCAAAAUUCCUGUGUCAUUUGAUAAGGGAUUGCUAUAUGCCAAAACUGGAGGACGAUAUUCCAAUCCCAAGACUGUCAGACAGGCUCUUGAGGGUCUCAAGAAGUAUGGAGUUUCUGAUGCAGAGAUAUGUGUCAUUGCCAAUAGUUGCCCCGAGAAUGCUGAAGAGGCUUUUGCACUGGUCCCUUCUCUCAAGGCCAAGAAAAACAAGAUCCACGAACCACUUGAAGAGAUCAUAUCCCAGCUGGUUGCAUCGAAGUUGCCAACAGAAAACCAUGAAGAAUAGAAAGGUUUGCUGUGUCCUUGCGGCUUGUUGAAACAUAGUUUCAUCGCUACCCUUGAUUGGCCUUUGUAGUCGUAGUUGGUUUUGUAUAGAUCUUAGCUUUGGAAUAAUAUUUUCCAAUAUAGAUUGUCUAUGUUAAUGGGUGUCAAACCGUAACUGCCUGUAAAUCAGUAAACCCUAACUGUAAGAAUCAUCUACUUUUGAGUUAUGAAGCUCUCACCAACUGUUGAUUUAGAUAA